AUGCGGCUCUACAACUUUCCCAUCUCUUUGGCAGUGAAGACCAAAAAGUACACCGAGGUAGCCUUUGAGGUUGUCUAUCUUACUGCCCGAUUAGAAAGCGACUUCCUUCCGAAGCCGGCCAAACGAAACCACAGCGCGAAAAUAGUAAAAUACCUACUCCAAGGCGGGAUCGCCUUAGGGUCUUCAAUGGCGCUUAAACUGCGCUCGCGCUGUCGUCGUUCGGACCGACUUCCUCAGGCACUCGCCCAGGACACCCUUCUCGGGGAAGAGGUCCAAGAACGACCCGGUCGCACAGGAGGUCCUUUCUCGCCCACACCUUCCUCUUGGCGGGCAGCACUGCGGGCAGCUGCCGGCUCGUAA